UGGAUCCGGAUAGCUCUCUUUUACGCAAUGCGAAGUCGCCCUGACACAUCCCGUCCCUGACACUCUCAGGCUUUGGCGGCGGUAACCCGUACGGGGCAAAUUAUCAGACGGGCGGUGGUGGCGGAGGAGGCGGCUUCAUGGCUGGCAGUCAAGGUGACAGUCCGAGCACAAAAAAAAGUGGUGCCAACAGUUUGCGCCCAGUGACCAUUCGACAAGUGCUCAAUGCUGAGCAGUCUCACAUGGAUGCAGACUUUCUCGUUGAUGGAGUGGAAGUUGGUCAGCUCACUUUCGUCGGCGUGAUUCGUAAAGUGGCCGCCUUUCCGACCAAUGUCUCUUACGAUAUCGAAGAUGGCACGGGCGCUAUCGAAGUGCGUCAAUGGCUCGAAGGAAGCGACGAAUCGGGAGACAAAUCAAAUGAUAUACGAGAGAACGUUUACGUGAGGGUGCUGGGUACGAUCAAGACGUUUCAGAACAAGAGGAGCAUCAGCGCAGGUCACAUCCGACCGAUCACAAACUUCAACGAGGUGCUGUUCCACAAGUUGGAAGCCAUCUAUGUUCAUCUUCAAUCGGUGCGCAGUACGGGUGCUGGAGGCGCUAUGAAGUCGAGUGGAGCUGGAAAUGCGGAGGGAAGCGGCGUAAACGAGGACAAAUACACGCACAUUGGAGAUCCCUUGCAAAGAAAAAUCUUUGCCCACGUACGAGAAUUGUCCACCUUGGAAGAGGGCAGUGGUGUAGCUAUCACUACAGUAGCUAGGCGUAUCAAGGCUUACAGCGAGGAGCAGGUGCGCGAGGCAGUCGACACCCUCGUCCUGGACGGCUACCUCUACACUGCUGAAGACGACGAGCACGUCCUUGCAACGUAAUGUGAUCGCUCUGACGAACCACGAGUCUCAGCUUGUAUAAGUACUCUCUCUGGCCAUGUCCUGUGCAAAGUUGUUCUGCGACAAGGUGAACUG